GAGAGUCAUAGCUAGGUUAUUGCUGCAUAUGCAUGCCAUGGCUUAUUACAGAUUUCUUGAUGUCUUUUCAUGGAUUCAAAACCUUCCACCAAUCUCAGAAUGGAAAACAAGUUCCACAUCGCUGAGCUUAUGUUCCACAAACUCAUCUCAACCAUCACUUAAUCUCACCAUAUCGAAAAACCUUCACCAACCCUCGAAACUCUCUUUUGCCAUCGUCGCAGACUUCAAUAUCCAAAUCUCUCUGUGGACCUCUAAGCCUUUCAAACCUAGCUUUAAAACCAUGAAGUUAACAGACCAAGAAACCAUUUCAAAUCUCCUUGUUAAUUUCAUAGAAGAUAUCCUUCGUUACGGCUCCAACAAGAACAGUCCCUAUCUCAAGUUCCUCAGACUUGAUUCUAUUUCAAACUUUUCAGACAUUUUCAACCUUGCUUUCCUCACUCUCUUGUUCCUAGUUUGCAUAUAUGAAGCCCCUUCUGAUCUUCGUUCUGGUUGUCUUAGCACUUUGAAAGAACAGUUGGCGGGGUGUAGAUCAAGGCAAGCAUCGAAGUUGCUGAUGAAACUUUUGGGUUCUAACUUGGAAGAGCAGUGGAUGCGUUCUGUGAACCUUGCAAUCACGAACUGGAUUGUGGAGCUCCAAGAGGCGCAUCACAACACGUUCAGAACACCGUCUCCUCUAUUUUCCUAUGCAUUAUCGAAUUUUGGGUUGUGGAAGGUUCAGUUGUACUGUCCUGUCAUAAACAUGGAUGUUGUAAAUGCAAACAACAAUCCUGCUGAUGAGAGACUUCAAUUCUCUCUCAAAUAUCAGCAACUUGAAGGUGUUCUUCAAUUCAAUUACAAAGUCAUAAUCAAAGAGAAGUGGGUCGAAAUCGUGGUGAGCAUUGACAACAUAAGAUGCGAUGUUCUGAAACUGGUAGAUGAGAGUCUUAUGAGAGAACGAGGAGCAGGUGCAGCUGAAAAACAUUUUCCAUCAAGAAUAUCAUUACAAGUCACCCCCACAGUUCAACACCAAGUGUUGAGCGUGUCCGUUGGGAAAUCCUCGGAGAACCCGCGAAUAGAGUACGGUGUGGAGAAAGGAAUAGAAGCCUCAUUUGAGCCACCAAAUCCUUACCUGGGACUGAGCGUAUCAGCGGGAGAGUCCACAACCGUGAGCCUAAAGCCGUGGAAAUUCGAGGAAUCAGUUUACGGCUACAGCGCAAACCUGAACUGGCUUCUCCACGACACCACGGACGGGAAGGAAGUGUUUUCAUCCAAGCCUUCCAAGGUUGCGUUGUUCAAGCCCAAGUCCUGGUUCAGAGACAGGUAUUCCAGUGCUUAUCGUCCUUUCACCAGGCAAGGAGGGGUUAUUUUUGCACGUGAUGAGUAUGGAGAAAGUGUGUGUUGGAAGGUGGACAAAGGUGCUGUGGGGAAGACCAUGGAGUGGGAGAUAAGGGGUUGGAUAUGGCUCACGUAUUGGCCCAACAAGCACAACACUUUCUACCAUGAAACUAGGAGGUUGGAGUUCAGGGAAACGGUGUACCUCAAAAUUGCAUAGCUUAAGAGUUACGUCAAAGAAUAUCGAUUCUGAAAUCCAUCUAUACAUAUGUCUUGGUCUGUUUUAUUUUUUAACAUGCACACACAAUAUAAUAGCAGUUAAUUUUAGUGCACUAUGAUUGUCCAAAGUUUGUAUUAUUAUAUUAUAUUAUUGUGUAAGAGGACAAUUCAACUCAGAAUCUUUGCUUCUUACAUGAAUGUCAUAUUUUAAGUUUUUAAUAUU